AUGUCCGAUCUACGCUUUGAUAACCAGACGGUCGUCGUCACCGGCGCCGGCGGCGGUCUGGGAAAGGCAUAUGCCAUCUUCUUCGCCUCAAGGGGCGCUAAUGUCGUGGUCAACGACCUCGGUGGUUCUCACAAGGGCGAUGGCAAGUCAUCAAAGGCCGCCGACCUCGUUGUCGAUGAGAUCCGCGCCGCUGGCGGUAAGGCGGUUGCCAACUACGACAGCGUCGAGAAUGGCGAGGCCAUCAUUGAGACUGCCGUCAAGAACUUCGGCCGUAUCGAUAUUCUCCUCAACAAUGCCGGUAUCCUCCGUGAUAUCAGCUUCAAGAACAUGAAGGAUGAGGACUGGGACCUCAUCAACCGCGUUCACACUUACGGCGCAUACAAGUGCGCUCGUGCCGCUUGGCCUCACUUCCGCAAACAAAAGUUUGGCCGCGUUAUCAACACUGCCUCCGCUGCUGGUCUCUUCGGUAGCUUCGGCCAGGCCAACUACUCGGCCGCCAAGCUGGGUCAGGUCGGUUUCACCGAGACUCUGGCUAAGGAGGGUGCUAAGUACAACAUUAUUGCCAACGUCAUUGCCCCCAUCGCUGCUAGCCGCAUGACCGCGACGGUGAUGCCCCCUGAUGUUCUGGACAACCUCAAGCCCGACUGGGUUGUUCCUCUUGUCGCUCGUCUGGUUCACUCCUCCAACACCACCGAGAGCGGUGGCAUCUACGAGGUCGGUGGUGGCCACGUUGCUAAGCUCCGCUGGGAGCGAUCUAAGGGCGCUCUGCUCAAGACCGACGACUCCCUCACCCCCGGAGCUCUGGCCGCUAAGUGGAACGAUGUCAACGACUUCUCCAAGCCCGAGUACCCCUCUGGCCCCGCUGACUUCAUGGCAUAUCUUGAGGAUGGCCUGAAGUUGUCUUCCGCCCCCAAGGCUCAGGAGCCCGACUUCAAGGGCCGUGUUGCUCUUGUUACUGGUGGUGGUGCCGGUCUGGGUCGCGCAUACUGCUUGCUGUUCGCCAAGUACGGUGCCUCCGUUGUUGUGAACGAUCUCGUCAACCCCGACACCGUCGUCGAGGAGAUCAAGAAGGCCGGUGGUAAGGCUGUUGGCAACAAGGCCAACUGUGAGGACGGUGAUGCUGUCGUCAAGUCUGCCAUUGAUGCAUUCGGUCGCAUUGAUAUUCUGGUUAACAACGCCGGUAUCCUGCGUGACAAGGCCUUCACCAACAUGGAUGACAACCUGUGGAACUCCGUUGUCAACGUUCAUCUGCGUGGUACCUACAAGGUCACUAAGGCCGCCUGGCCCUACUUCCUCAAGCAGAAGUACGGUCGUGUUGUCAACACUGCUAGCACCAGCGGUAUCUACGGAAACUUCGGACAGGCCAACUACGCCGCCGCCAAGCUCGGUAUCCUGGGCCUCUCUCGCACUCUCGCCAUGGAGGGUGCCAAGUACAAUAUCAAGGUCAACACCAUCGCUCCCAACGCCGGUACCAACAUGACCCGCACCAUCAUGCCCGAGGAGAUGGUCCAGGCUUUCAAGCCCGACUACGUUGCUCCCCUGGUUGUUCUGCUGAGCUCCGACGCUGCUCCCGAGCCCUCCACCAAGGGUCUGUUCGAGUGCGGUAGUGGUUGGUUCGGCCGCACCCGCUGGCAGCGCUCUGGCGGCCACGGCUUCCCCGUGGACGUCAAGCUCACCCCCGAGGAGGUCCUUGCCAAGUGGCCUCAGAUCACCAACUUCGAAGACGGCCGUGCCGACCACCCCGAGGAUGGCUCUGCUGGCACUGAGAAGAUCAUGGCUAACAUGUCCAACCGCGCCGGUGGCAGCGGUGAGAACGAGACCCUGGCCAACAUCGAGAAGGCCAAGUCUCUUACCACCGAGGGCAGCGCCUUCGACUACACUGACCGUGAUGUUAUCCUUUACAACCUGAGCUUGGGUGCCAAGCGCACUGACCUGCCCCUGGUGUACGAGAACAGCGAGCACUUCCAGGCUCUGCCCUCAUACGGUGUGAUCCCUUGGUUCAACACCCAGACCCCGUGGAACAUGGAUGAUAUCGUGAAGGACUUCUCUCCCAUGAUGCUGCUCCACGGUGAGCAGUACAUGGAGGUCCGCAAGUUCCCCAUCCCUACCACCGCCAACACCCUGACCUACCCCAAGCUCAUCGACGUCGUUGACAAGGGUAACGCCGCCCUCGUCGUCGCUGGCUUCACCACCAAGGAUGCCAAGACCGGCGAGGAUCUGUUCUACAACGAAUCGACCGUCUUCAUCCGCGGUAGCGGUGGUUUCGGUGGCUCUCCCAAGCCCACCGCCGUCCGCCCCAAGGGUGCCACCGCAGCCUACAAGGCCCCUCAGCGUGCCCCCGACGCCGUUGUCGAGGAGAAGACCUCCGAGGACCAGGCUGCUCUGUACCGUCUGAACGGCGACCGCAACCCUCUGCACAUCGACCCCGAGUUCAGCAAGGUCGGUGGCUUCAAGACCCCCAUCCUGCACGGUCUGUGCUCGCUCGGUGUUGCGGCCAAGCAGGUCUUCGCCAAGUACGGGGCCUACAAGAACCUCAAGGUCCGCUUCGCCGGUGUCGUGCUGCCCGGUCAGACUCUCAAGACUGAGAUGUGGAAGGAGGGCAACACCGUGCUCUUCCAGGCCACUGUUGUCGAGACUGGCAAGCCCGCCAUCACCGGCGCUGGUGCGGAGCUCCUCGAGGGCGCCAAGGCCAAGCUGUAA